GAACAUGUAACGUGCUGCGACUAAUAGAGCAGAAAGACAAUGAAGAGGUUAACCACACCUUUGAAAGCGGACAUCUCUUCAGUAGCCUCUUGACCAGCUUUGUUGCGCAUUAAAAUGCGCCCGGCAGAAGAGGAGUUGGAUGAUGAACUUUCUGCGCUCGCGUUGACAGACAGUUUCCAGUGAGCUUUUCGCUGAGUGCUCCGCCAGAAAACAAGGACCUCCUAUGUAUUUGAGAAAUAAUCCAACUCGGAGUCGGCUGAGCUCUUCAGUGCUUUAAACUUCGCUGGUGAACCUCCUGGAGGAUUUGCUGCGUUCACCAUGACGGUUCGUCUCUCGCGGAUCCAGCUGGCCCUGUUCUUUAUCUUGCUCUGCCCGGUCAAUAUCAUCGGACUGUGGUGGGCCGUGGGCAGUCCCCUGGUCAUGGACCCCAACAGUAUUUGCAGGAAGGCAAAGCGGCUGGCGGGGAAGCAAGCCGAGCUGUGCCAGACUCAGCCAGAGAUCGUCAGUGAGGUGGCCAAAGGAGCCAGGCUUGGGGUCAGGGAGUGCCAGUACCAGUUCAGGUACCGCAGGUGGAACUGCACCAGCCACAACAAGUACUUUGGCAAAAUACUGCAGCAAGACAUCCGGGAGACAGCGUUCGUGUAUGCCAUCACAGCGGCUGGUGUGACCCACGCUGUGACCCAGGCCUGCAGCAUGGGAGACCUGCUGCAGUGUGGAUGUGAAGCGACCAGGAACAGAGCACCUCCAAGGCCACCUUCAGCCUCCUCCUCCUCUGGGGACGGAGUCAAGUGGGAGUGGGGGGGCUGCGGGGAUGAUGUGGAGUUUGGAUAUGAAAAAUCGAAACAGUUUAUGGAUGCCAAGAGGAGACGGGGCAAGAGCGACAUCAGGACACUCGUUGACCUGCACAACAAUGAGGCGGGGCGACUGGCAGUGAAGCUCUACAUGCGGACAGAGUGCAAGUGCCAUGGACUUUCCGGCUCAUGCACCUUGCGCACAUGCUGGAAAAAGAUGCCUCAUUUCCGGGAGGUUGGGGACCGCCUUCUGGAGCGCUUCAACGGCGCCUCCAAGGUGAUGGGCGGCAACGACGGCAAGACUCUCAUCCCCGUUGGCCAGAACAUAAAGCCGCCAGAUAAACAGGAUCUGAUUUAUUCGGAUGAGUCACCUGAUUUCUGUGUUGCAAACAGAAAAACUGGUUCGCUGGGGACGCGUGGUCGCAUGUGCAACAGCACAGCCAUGGACAUCAGCGGGUGUGACCUGCUGUGCUGCGAGCGCGGCUACCGGGAGGAAACAGUGGUGUUCGAGGAGAACUGUCUUUGUCGUUUCCACUGGUGUUGUGUGGUCCAGUGCAAGAAAUGCUUGGUCCGAAAAGAGCUUAGUCUCUGUCACUGAUGAACUUCUGAACAGGGGUGGAGAGUUUGACUUGGUUUAUAUAACUUCUGCUACUUUUUGUGGUUUGUGAUGUAGCUUGGUUAGCAUGAGAGAAGGAGUUUGACUUUCAUGGUGUUCCACCUGUUUCUGUUUUUGCACCAGUCGCACGUAGAUAAUGUCCAAAACAAUUGUUUAUCCCAGUCGAUGGAAUCACCUGGGAAUGAAAAGGCAGAAGAGACAACAAGAAGCAGAUUAAAAGUGUAAGAAACAACUGAUAUUUUUUGAACUACCUAUUCUUUUUUUGUUAAUGAAAAUGGACCAAAGAGGAAACUUUCUCCCACCCCAUCUCAUCCCAUCCUGGAAUAUGGGGGCCCACAUGCACCAUGUACUCUGAAGUUCACUUCCACCACCAAUUCACUAGUUUAGCUCAUGUAAUAUGCUAUCUUUCAGACGUGAUUGAGGCAGCAAUACUACAUAUAGAAUUACCUCAUGCUGAUGUCUGCUAAGGCCUCCCCCUGUUUAAUCAUGUUUUCAUGCUGCCCAUUUCAAUACAGUGAGUAUGCAGGAUAGGAGGAUCAAAAACACCAUUCAAAACUAUGGGUCCUUUGUAGAUCAGAUAAAGCUGAAAUUUCAUCACUGUUGCCAAGUUUUUUUUUUACAGCCUUAUUAGCCACAGCUAGCUAGAUAUGAAGCUAAAAAUGCUAAUGAGUCACCUGAAAA